CAUGCGGAGCUGCAGGAUGCUGCGCCUCGCCAGCGUGCUGGGGCUCGUCAUGCUCAGCAUCGCCCUCCUCAUCCUCUCGCUGCUCAGCUACGCGGCCCUGCGCAAGGACAGCGCCUUCGGGCCCCCCCGCGCCGCCGGCCCCCGCAUGUACAUGUUCCAGGCGGGAUUCAGGUCCCAGUUCGCGCUCAAGUUCCUGGACCCCUCCUUUGUCCCCAUCACCCAUUCCCUGAGCCAGGAGCUGCAGGAGAAGCCCUCCAAGUGGGUCUUCAACCGGACGGCCUUCGCCCAGCAGAGGCAGGAGAUCCUCCAGCACGUGGACGUCAUCCAGAACUUCUCGCUGACCAAGAGCCGCGUGCGCAUCGGGCAGCUCCUGCACUACGACUACUCGAGCCACAAGUACGUCUUCUCGGUGAGCGCCAACUUCCGCUCGCUGCUUCCCGACGCCUCCCCCGUGCUGGACAAGCACUACAACACCUGCGCCGUGGUGGGGAACGGCGGGAUCCUCACCGGGAGCCGCUGCGGCCGCGCCAUCGACGCCGCCGACUUCGUCUUCCGCUGCAACUUCGCGCCCACCGAGGCCUUCCAGCGGGACGUGGGCCGGAAGACCAACCUGACCACCUUCAACCCCAGCAUCCUGGAGAAGUACUACAACAACCUGCUCACCAUCCAGGACCGCAACAACUUCUUCCUGAGCCUCCAGAAGCUCGACGGGGCCAUCCUGUGGAUCCCGGCUUUCUUCUUCCACACCUCGGCCACCGUCACCCGGACCUUGGUGGACUUCUUUGUGGAGCACCGCGGGCAGCUCAAGGUGCAGCUGGCGUGGCCGGGCAACAUCAUGCAGCACGUCAACAGGUACUGGCGGAACAAGCACCUCUCCCCCAAGCGGCUCAGCACGGGCAUCCUCGUCUACACGCUGGCCUCGGCCCUCUGCGACCGCAUCCACCUCUACGGCUUCUGGCCCUUCGCCCUGGACCCCAGCAGCCGCCAGGAGCUGCCCUACCACUACUACGACAAGAAGGGCACCAAGUUCACCACCAAGUGGCAGGAAUCCCACCAGCUCCCGGCGGAAUUCCAGCUCCUCGUCCGCAUGCACGGGGACGGACUGGCCCGCCUCACCUUGGCCCCCUGCGCCUGA